AUGCCACAAUCAUCAAUGCAGCACCUUCCCUCACCGGCUCUGAGUGUGACAAUACGAAUGACGGCAAAGAGAGCGAUGAGUAUUAUGGUGACGGUUUGCACCGAGAGGCGGAUUAUUUGCGUGUCUUGGUGCUCGAAUCCCAGGAGGGUUUGGCUGCCGUCCCCACAAUUCCCGGCCUUGCGGAACCGUUGGCUUUCGCGCUGUCACCCGCCGUCAUUAGUGCCCCAUGCGUUGAGGCUGAUCCAUUUGCCGUGGAGUUCACGCAGCAGCUCUCGAGUGUUUGUGCUGCUGAUCCCGCGUUGGCCCUUUCGCAUGUAUCUCAGCGUUGCCGGGCGUGUGAUUUGUUGUGCGUUGUCCAGGCCGCUGCCUCCAGUUUUCUUUUGUGCCCAAUAA